AUGGAGGCGUCACCGCUCACUCGGCAGCCUCAGCCAGAGGUCUUCACUCCGAAAAUCAAUCAGCUAUAUGCUGAGCUCUUUCAGGAUGUCGAAGAGGGACGACAAUCUAAGGGCUUUUGGAAGGAAUUCUUUCUCCUCAAGCCGGACCUCGUGUCCUUGAGGCAGCUGCUGCGGGACAUCUCCCCCGCCGACAUGUUGCUCUUGGAGGGGCAGUCACAGGAGCUCUUUGGCGAGGCGAUUGAUGCCCUCAAAUCAGGCAGUGGCAAUGUGCCGCAUAACGUCCUGGAUACGCUAAAGGUUUUUUUGUCCUGCGUCCUGACCAAAAGAUAUGCCCAUCCGAGCUCGGCAAACAUUGCGGUCCUAGCCGGACUAGACCGCAUCGAUCUUGUCUUCACUGAUUUUGUCACUACUCUAGACACUGUUAUUCGGGCCGGUGACAACCGUAUGUACCUUGUCCGAAAUACUCUGCUUCGACGCCCGAGUGCUCAUCAUACAACAGUGGAAAUACGCCACAAAGCGAUCGUUGUUUUGCUGGCAAUUACAGCCGGUGCAUACCAAACGACGUUACUUACAUAUAUGAUACAACGAGACUUGUUUCCCGCUGUUAUAAAGGUGAGUCCUGAGGGUACCUACCCGGCGGGCACUUUACUGAUCACCACGCCACAGUUCAUCCAAGAUACCCAGUCGCCAGCUAUGGUUCUAGAGCCUUUAAUCUUGCUUAGCUUGCUGGCCAACUACAACAAAUUCGAGUUUCAAAACCCGUAUCAGCUACGAUUAAACGAUUUCAUCAACGAAGGGGCGAUCACAACCAUUGUCACCUGCAUUGGUGCGGCUUGUCAGGUGCUUCGUGCCGAUUAUAUUAACGUUCAGGAUGAUCUACCAGAAGGAUGGACGGUUUCUAACGCACUUGGAAUGCUAGGUCUUGGUGCUAUUGUGCCAGGACCCAAACAAGAAAAGAAGCCGGUUUAUGAUGCCGAUACCGCGAAGCAAAUGUUUACAAAACUCCCGAAAGAGCGAGCUGCAAUGCUGCUAGCUGCCUAUGAUUUUAGCCACGCCAACAAACUAUUCUGUACCAACUUUGUCACCAUCACUAGCGAAAAGGGAGUUGAACAGCCGAUGGCAGCAUAUCUGUCCCUCACAUCCUACCUUCUUCAGCAUGCUCAUCUUUCGCAUCGGUCUACAUACUAUGCGCAUUUGAACCUCAUGGUUUUUCGGCUUCUUAUUGAAGACCAGGCCACCUGCAAGAUACUGUGCAGCGACGAAUCUAAGAUGGUCGUCCGCCUCUGUCGGCACCGGCCGCCGUUCUUGCCCCUCGUCAAAGCGGAACGGGUUUUGGCAUGCUCUCUUCUAGACACAAUGAUUGAUGGCAUCAAUCAUAAUCUCAGAAAGCGACUCGAUGUGUCAUUAUACACACUCUGUCUGGGCAUACUGCUUCGAGCUAUUUCGUACGUAUCGCGAUCGCGCACUCGACUACACUAUCAUUGGGCGGAAUUCUUCAGGUCUCUGCUCUCCCUAGUUCGUUUUCUUACUACUUACACGUCGGACCUGAAAGACCUGCCUCACGUGGAUACUCUUGUUGAUCAUGUGGUUAAUUUGCUUGCGCUGUCGCUCUCAGCUGGCGAGGCAUUUCUCCCGACCCCAGCAGCAUAUGAUGAUCUUUUCUACAAGAUUGUGGAGAGUGGUGAGGUUCUGGCCAAGUUCAAACAAAACUACGGACUAGGCAAGCGCAUUGGUAGCUCGAUUGACACACUCAUCAAUGUCAGCACGCAUUACAAGCAGCUACUGACCGACGGCGGGGGGAAGAAGAAACCUCGCAACUUGACAACGACGCAAGUGACAGAUGUCAUCAAGCAAGGCUACGAAACUUUGAGUAUCCAGGCAAAAGAGGGUCUUGAUUCGUGGGAUAGAUACAGAGAAGCUGAUGAUCGCAGUUUGCUAAAGAAUGUGGCUAGAACGGCUGUCGCAGAUGUUCGCGAGCUAUUGGAACAAGAAUGA